AUGGACACUUUGCGUCUGAUAAACAACAGGUAUGCAUCAAACAGAUUAGGAGAUGAUGGAUUGGAAAUUUUUGAAGAUAUGAGAAACCAUGGAUUACAACCAAAUGAAGAAACCUUACGUGUUGUUCUUGAAUCUUCUGCAGCGAUUUUUGGGAAAGCUGGACACCUUGAUCAAGCUUUGGAGUACAUCCAGACAUUACCGUUUGAACCCACAUCAGAAAUUUAUGAAGUUGUAGUGAACUAUGCUCGAAUCCAUGGAGAUAUAGAUCUUGAAGAUAGAGCUGAAGAGAUCUUAAUCAAUAGUGAACCAUCAAAGAUUAAUCUAAAAAGGAUUCCAACACCACUUCUUAAGAAAUUUCUUGCCAUUAACAUGCUUGAAGGUAAGAAUAGGGUGGGUGAGUAA